GUGGUUUUGGGGAGGAUACUGGGACACGGGGGGUGUUUUAGGGGCCCGAUGGAGGAUUUAGGGGCCCUGGGAAGGGUGCCUGGACCUUGGGGUGGGGUCAGAAGGAGCCCCCAAAGCUGGACAUGCAGUGACCCCAUGGGGGAAGGGGGGCUCUUCGCCGUCCCCCAGGUUUGGGGGCCCAUGGCAGAGCAGGACUGGGCGCUGGAGCCGGGCUGGCUCCUGUCCCCCGCCGGCCGCCCCUACCUGGACUCCAUCGUGCACAAGAACCAGCGGAGAGUGUUCGGUCUGCUGGAGCGCCCGGCGCUGCCGCCCGCGCUGGCGGUGCCCACGGUCACCUACAAACUCUUCCUGGCGGGCAGGAGCGGCGUCGGCAAGACAGCGCUGGUGGCCUGGCUGGGGGGGACCCCCGCGCCCCCCGCCCACCACGAGACCCUGGGCAUCGAGGCCACCACGCUGUUCUGGCCGGCCAAGCCCCGCGGCAGCGGCCGCCCCGUCCUGUUCCAGCUGCACCUCUGGGACUGCGGGGACGGAGCGCUCAGGAAGUUCGAGCACCUGCUGCCCGCCUGUAAGGAGGAGGCGGACGCCGCCCUAUUCCUGUUCUCCUUCACGGACCGCGCGUCCUUCGAGGAGCUGCCGGCGCUCAUGGGCCGCGUGCUGGGCCCCGGGGACCGCCACCUCGUCAGGGUGGUCGUGGGCACCAAAUUCGACCUGGCCCCGCACACGGUCGUGACCGAGGGGGACGUUCGGGCCUUCGAGGGCUCGCAGGGGCUGCGGGUGCUGCGGGCCGGGGGCGCCGCGGGGCUGGCCCGGGUCGGCCCCGUCCUGGACGCCCUGGUGGAGGAGCUCUGGCGGCGCGACCAAGUGACCGCCGGGGUCACCCCCGGGGACACGGGGGACACCCCCACCUGAACCCCCUCUU